UCAUGCCUGGGCCCAUCUUGCCCCCUGCGGGCGGUUCAGGUAUGAGUAGCAGCAGCAGAAGCAGGAGUUGAAGGAGGAGGAGGGUCAUAACGGGGAGUGUCUGAUCUCCACAGAUCUACAGCCUGGACCCAGUCUCUGCUGCUGCUCUCUCGACACAAACCUAGACGACCUCUCUGCUGCAGAUCCACAGACUCUUUCUGCUCCGCGAACUCCAAAAGAGGACCCACAGACCAGCAGCAGCAUGGCUCCGUACCACCCAGAGUUCGAGCGGGCUGGACAGCAGCCUGGUCUGCAGGUGUGGAGGGUGGAGAACUUCGAACUGGUUCCUGUUCCUCAGAACCUGUACGGAGGGUUCUACAAUGGAGACGCGUACCUGGUUUUGAACACCAUCAAACAGCGCGCUGGAGCCCUGCAGUACGACCUGCACUUCUGGCUGGGCGACUCCUGCACUCAGGAUGAGAGCGGCUCAGCAGCUAUCUUCACCGUCCAGAUGGACGACUUCCUGGGAGGAAAACCCAUUCAGUACCGUGAGGUCCAGGGUCACGAGUCCAAAACCUUCCUGGGCUACUUCAAGUCUGGAAUCAAGUACAUGAAUGGAGGCGUGGCCUCUGGGUUCAAACACGUCGUCACCAACGAGGUGGUGGUUCAGCGGCUGCUGCAGGUCAAAGGUCGGCGUUCCGUCAGGGCCACAGAGGUGGCUGUGAGCUGGGACAGUUUCAACCAGGGAGACUGUUUUAUCCUGGACCUGGGAGACGAGAUCUUCCAGUGGUGUGGUUCUCAGAGCAACCGCUUCGAGAGGCUGAAGGCCACGCAGGUCUCCAAAGGAAUAAGAGACAACGAACGCAGUGGACGAGCGAGAGUCUACGUUUGUGAGGAAGGGGUGGAGAGAGAGAAGAUGAUUGAGGUUCUGGGUGAGAAACCAGAUCUGCCUCCUGGAGACUCAGACGACCCCAAAGCUGACGCCGCCAACAGGAAGAGAGCCAAACUUUACAAGGUGUCCAACGCUGGUGGAGCCAUGGCCAUCACCCUGGUGGCAGCGGAGAACCCUUUCAGUCAGAGUGCUCUGGAGUCUGGAGACUGCUUCAUCCUGGACCACGGCUCUGACGGAAAGAUCUUCGUUUGGAAAGGUAAAGACGCCAACAUGGAUGAGAGGAAGGCUGCGCUGAAGGCUGCUGAUGAGUUCAUCAAGAAGAUGGGUUACCCCAAACACACCCAGGUCCAGAUUCUGCCCGAGUCUGGAGAGACUCCGCUCUUCAAACAGUUCUUUAAAAACUGGAGAGACCGGGACCAGACGGUGGGACUGGGCGUGGCCUACAUCGCCAACAGCAUCGCCAAGAUCGAGAAGGUUCCUUUCGACGCUGCCACUCUGCACGAGUCUGCAGCCAUGGCAGCACAGCAUGGAAUGGUGGACGACGGCAGCGGAGAGAAACAGAUCUGGAGAAUCGAGGGCUCAGACAAAGUUCUUGUGGAUCCUUCAACCUACGGAGAGUUUUAUGGAGGAGACAGUUACAUCAUCCUGUACAACUACCACCAUGGAGGACGCCAAGGACACAUCAUCUACAUGUGGCAGGGAAUGGACUCCAGUCAGGAUGAGAUCGGAGCCUCUGCCAUCCUGGGGGCUCAGCUGGAUGAAGAACUCGGUGGAGGACCUGUUCAGGUGAGGGUGGUGCAGGGUAAAGAACCAGCUCACCUCAUGAGUCUCUUCGGAGGACGACCCAUGGUGGUCUACAGGGGCGGGACGUCCAGAGACGGAGGACAGUCCGCUCCUGCAGAAAACAGACUCUUCCAGGUCCGCUCCAACUCUACAGGACACACCAGAGCUGUGGAGGUGGACGCCGUGGCCCCUAACCUGAACUCUAACGACGUCUUCGUCCUGGUGACUCCUGGAGACUCCUUCAUGUGGAUGGGUGUUGGAGCCAGUGACGCAGAGAAGCAGGGAGCUCAGCAGCUGUGUGGAAUUCUAGGAGUCACAGCAUCUGAACUGUCUGAGGGCGGAGAGACUGAUCAGUUCUGGGAGAUCCUCGGGGGAAAGACCAAGUACAGAACUUCCACCAGACUGAAGGACAAGAUGGACACUCACCCACCACGACUGUUUGCCUGCUCCAACAAGACUGGAAACUUCAUCAUCGAGGAGGUUCCAGGAGAAAUGACCCAGGAUGACCUAGCAACUGAUGAUGUCAUGAUCCUGGACACCUGGGAGCAGGUCUUUGUCUGGAUCGGAAAUGAAGCUCAGGAGGAAGAGAAGGCCGAGGCCAUGACGUCAGCUGUUCGUUACAUCGAGACCGACCCGGCCAACAGAGAUCGCAGAACACCCAUCGUCCAGAUCAAGCAGAGCUUCGAACCUCCGACCUUCACUGGCUGGUUCCUGGGCUGGGACUACGACUACUGGACCAGUGACCCACUGGAGAGGGCCAUGGCUGAACUGGCUCUGUGAACCAGAACCAAGACCAGAACCAGAAUCUUCAUCUUCCCUGCUGCUUCUCCACCUUCCACUCUACUGACUUCUGCAGAUCCAAUAAAAAGCUUGUCCAACUUUUCUGAUGUCGAUGCUUAGAAAAAAGGGAUUCAGGUCCAAAAGGCUGUGUUUGAACCUACUUCCUGUCACGGGCUGCAGUGACACAAACACUUCCUGAAGCUUUUGCACUAAAUUAUCCUGUACGACUGUUCUUCAUUCGUUUUAUAUUUUAACAGACAAACCUGGUUACCAGUGAUGUCACCGUGUUAAAACAUUCACAAUCCAAUUUUAAAUCCAUUCAGUUGGUGCCUUAAAGUCACUUCCUGUGGUUCAGUGUUUCUGACCAACAGUUCCUGAUCCUUUAAGAUGUGAUACCCAUUAUUUUAGAAGCAGGUUUGAUGGAACCCAUUUGUAUUUCAGUUGGACAAAAUCAGAGACACAUUUUUCUUAAAUGCUUGGAUGAGUUGAUGACUUCUUAGCUUCAAUGGGAUUUGGGCCACAUUCUGUCUCCUUUGAUUGGACCAGAGGUGGGCCACAUCCUGUCUUCCCUGCUUUGAUGAGACAGCUUGUAUUCUUUCUUCUAAGCAUCAGUUAAAUGUGUGCUGAACUGAACUUCUGCAGAAUAUUCUUGUAGUACUUGCUGAGGAGACAGAGUACUGAUGGUUCUAUCAGGGUCACGAGCCAUCAUUUAGGAACCGCUGCUCUGGUUCACACUUUAACAGGUACUGUUUUGGUGUUAAGACUGUUUUCUAUGGCUGUGAUGCUUCACAGACUCCUGUUGCCACAGUAACGUGUAUUUAUUUUUCCAAUUUGUUUUUCUUUUUUUUUUAAGUUUUCACAGGAAACUGAGGCUCUGCUGAUUUUUCAUUUAUAUCUCGGCUGUUUUUCACCCUCGGCGUCAAAGUCGAUUCAAUAAAAACCCCAACACAAAA